AUGAACACAAUGAAUAAAUAUAAUGCCCCAAAUAUUGAAUUUAAAAAAGAUGAUGCGAUAUUUUGUAUAGAAGACAUAGCAAAUAAAAGUUCGCCAGAAUAUGAAAAGGAGAUAAAAAAUCUACCACUUGUUUCGAAUGAACAUUGUGUAAAUAUAAGGAAGAAAAAAAUAGAACCAGCAGGAUUUGCAUUCUAUACUAAAUAUGAAAUACCAAUAUUAAAAGAGAAAGAAAAAAAUUUGACAAAAAAUAACAAUAAAUAUAUUCCUAUUGAUGAACUUUUUUUAUAUAAAGACAAAAUAGAUUACUUAGAGGAGAUUAAAAAUAAUGAAGAUGGUGAAAAUAAGAAUAAUAGUAAAAAUUUAAAAAAUGAGGAAUAUCAAAAAAAUGAUAAUAAUUACGAAGAAAAUGAUAAUAGUAAGAAGAAAGAGGAGAAGCCUAGCUUAAAAAAAAAUUCAAAUAUAGUAAAAAAAUGUAUAAAUAAUAAUAUAAACGUUUAUGAAAUACUGGGUGUAGAAGAAUCUGAUGAUUUCGAAACUAUUAAAUUGGCAUACAAAAAAUUAAUUUUAAUUUUUCAUCCUGAUAAAAAUAAAGGAACAAGUAUAUUAAACCAAAAAGAAAAAGCGAAAAAAAAAAAAAAAAAUAACAACAAUGAUAAUAAAAAUGAUGAAGAAAAAAAAGAUAUUGCAUAUUAUAUAGAAAAAUAUAAUAUUGAAAAAUUAACCCAAGAAGAAAAAAAAAGUAUGUUCUUAAAAAUUCAAGAUUCAUAUACUGUCUUAUCUGAUAAAGUUUUGAGAAAACAAUAUGACAGUUCUAUUCCUUUUGAUGAAACAAUACCAACUAAAACUGCUUUAGAUGAAGCUCCAAACUUCUAUGAAUUCUUAAAUCCAAUUUUUAAAAGAAAUGCUAAAUGGUCAAGUAAAAAACCAGUCCCCAAUAUAGGAGAUGAAAAUACAAGUAUAGACAAAGUAAAAUAUUUUUAUGAUUUUUGGUAUGAAUUUACUAGCUGGAGAGACUUUUCAUAUCAAAAUGAAUAUGACUAUGAAGAUGCUGAAUGUAGAGAAGAAAGACGAUGGAUGGAAAGAGAAAAUAAAAAAAUUCAAAAAAAAGCUUCAAAAGCUGAAAAAUUAAGAAUAAAUAAAUUAGUAGAUUUAGCAUAUAAUAAUGAUCCAAGAAUAAUUGCAGAAAAUAAAAGGAUAGAAUUAGAAAAACAAAGAAAAAAAGAGCUGGCCAUGUUAGAAAGACAAAAAAAUAAAAUGAACACAACAGCAAAUGUGUUACAAUCUACAAGUAAAAAUAGUAAUAAUGAUAGUAUUGAUCAAACAAAUUCUUCUAAUGAUAAAAAAAGUAAAGAUAAUAAAGCUGCCUAUAAAAUAUGGAAACACCAUAUUAAAUCUAUUUGUGUAACAAAAUUAUAUAAUAUUUUUAAUUUUGAUUUAAUACAAGAUAAUAUAAAUAAUAUGCCAUUUGAUACAAUGUGUCAAUUUAUAUAUGAAAUAUAUUUAUUUUUAAAUUUUAACAUAAAUAAAUCAGAAAAUUCGUCUGUCGAAAAAAUUAACAUAAACCAAACAAAAGAAAAUAAGCAAAAUGAAAAGGAAACUACAUUUAUAAACACAAAUAAAAAUACUCGAAGCAACAAUAAUGAUAAUAAUAAACGUGGAGGAAAAAAUGCUUCAUCAAAUAAUACAGGAAAUGAAGGCAACAAAAAUACUGGAUUUAUAGGUCAUUUAAAAGGUGUUGAAUUGAGUGAAAAAGAUAUAGAAUCAUUACUUGAUAUUUUUAGAAAAUAUAUAAAUAAUUUUAACACAAUUUUAGAAAUGAAAGAAAAUAUGAAUACCCAAGAUAUAAAAAAUGAAAAAAAUGACCCAGAACAAAAUGAUGUGCAUACUGAUGAAAAAAAUAAUAUUACAACGAAUUGUUCCCAAAAUAAUAAAGUUAUUAAUGAAGAAAUAAAGGAAAAAAGUAAUAGUAAAGAAAUAGAUGUAGAAGAGAAAAAAAACAAAAAAGAAGAGGAUGAAAGUACAGAAAAUAAUACAAGCACAAAAUGGACACCCCAAGAAAUUUCCUUAUUGUCAAAGGCUUUAAAGCUAUACCCAGGCGGAACUAAAGAUAGAUGGACUGUUAUUGCAAAUAGUAUUAAAACAAAAAAUGUUAAAGAAGUUAUUAAAAAAGCCAAAGAAAUGUUCGAAAAUGAAACAUUAAAAAAUUUGAGUAAAAAUUUUGAAGAAUCAGCAUUUGAUAAUUUUAAAAAUCAAAAUAAAGGAGUAAUGAAAAAAAUUGAUGAUAAAUUAGAUAAAAGAGAAUAUAAAGAUAUAAAUGAUCAGAAUAAUUUAAGUAGUGCUCAUAGCAGUGAUAAUAAUUCUGAACAAAAAAAACCUUGGACCCAUGAAGAACAAAUGCUUUUAGAAAAAGCUUUAAUGAAACACCCAGCAACUAUACCCACAAAGGAAAGGCUAAAAUUGGUAUCAAACGAAUUGAAAACUCGAUCAGUCGAAGAAAUUGUGCUCCGACUUAAAACAAUCAAAGCAAAAAUCAUGGCAAAAAAUGCUGCUAAAUAG